AUGUUUGGAACAAAGGGUGGACGUGAAUAUCUCAUGACAGUGAGAACUACAUUUGAAAAUAACCGUGAGAAAUAUGAUGAAUUUCUUAAGAUCAUGAAAGACUUUAGGGCUAAUAGGAUUGAUCAUAUUUCUGUCAGAUCACAAGUGAGAACACUCUUUGAAGGUCAUGAAGAGCUGAUUGUGGGGUUGAACCAAUUCUUGCCUAAGCGUUCCAUGAAAUCACUCGGGAGUUUCCAACGUCAAGAUGUAACAUUUGCGGACGCUAUUGAUUAUGUCUUCAAGGUUAAGGCAAGAUUUGAGGAUGAUGAUCGUCCAUACAAAUCAUUUCUGGCAAUAUUGAAGAUGUAUACAGAGUACGAGAAAAACCAUGCAGAGCUGUACGAUGAGAUUUGUGUCAUAUUCCGAGACCAGGACGACUUGCGUGAGGGUUUUGCUCAGUUUCUCCCUCGUUGA